AUGUAUGCAGAGAGAAAAAUAACCUUAGAUAAGAAAGCUACCUCAUGUCAUUCACCUGUGCGCUCACCUUUGCUUUUACCUGGCAGGGGCGUGAGGGGGCAGCGGCAGGAGAGCACAGGUGACCCGGGCGCCAGGAAGGGUGAGCCUCGCAACCUGUCGAGCACCGGGGAGGGCACGUGGAGCAGCUACACGCCGCCUGACUACCGCAAGGAGAUAUUCCCGCCGGUGACGCCAGGUCAGCCGCUCCAGGUGGGCGUGUCAGUGCAAGUGAGAAACCUCCCUAAGAUUGACGAGGAGGAAGGGCUCGUGGAGUUGGAGGUGAACCUGCGGGUGAGAUGGCGGGACCGGAGGCUGCGUCCCCCGCCCACGCUGCCCCCCGGCGACUACCUUCCCCUCGACCCCGCCUUCCUGGCCCGCCUCUGGGUGCCCGACCUCUUCAUCGAGCACAGUGGGGGCGUGUCUACCCCGUCUCUACUCACCCAGAUUGCCUCCGUCUGGAUCUACGGGAACGCCACGGUGGAUUACUCCGGGAACAUGUACAUCCGUGUGUCCUGCGCCAUGACCUACGUUUGGUUUCCACACGACCACCAAAUCUGCCUAAUCAACAUGCAGAGCUACGCCUACACCCUGGAGCGGAACGUGUAUCUGUGGAUCUCACCCGGCCUGGAGGUGGCGCCCAGCAUCUCCAGUGAGCAAUUCUUGGUCAGGAUGGAGAAGGUGGAGUCGGCGAACCAGGUGGUGGACGCGUACGGCACCUACCCCGCACUGGCCUUCAGGAUCCACCUCACGCGGCGCCUGUCCUCGGUCCUGCUGCAGCUGUACCUCCCGUCAGGACUCUUCGUGGUGGUAUCCUUCGUGUCCUUCCUUGUGCCACCCGACGCUAUCCCAGGACGCAUGACUCUCUGCAUCACCACUAUACUCACCAUGUCUACUCUCCUGGGGGUGGCGAUGCAGUCCACGCCGCGGGUGAGCUACGUGCGCGCCAUCGACGUGUGGCUGCUGGCCUGCCUCGCCUUCACCAGCCUCGUCCUGCUGGAGUUUGGCGCCGUCAUCAGACUGCUUCAACUGGGGAAGGAGUGGAAAAACACCUCCUGCUUCACCUCCACCUCCACGUCUACCUCCUCCCCCUCUUCCACUAAAUCCACCUUCACCACCACUGCCGCCGCCAUUAAUUCCACCACAACAGCCAAGAUCAGCGGAAGACCAUUCUCCAACAGGAUACAACCACAUCCACAACCAGAACAGGACCUCCCUUUAUCCCCUUCCACCUCCACCCCAACCACCACCAAGGUAUCGAACCCGUACCAAGUGAAGGCGAAUCGCGUGGAGGCCGCCUCAGCCAUCCUCCUCCCCGGCGCCUUCCUGCUCUUCAACCUCGCCUACUGGAGCUGGUUCAUGAUCGGUUCUCACGGCGCUAUUCCCACCUUCAUGAUGACCACUUCUACUCCUGCUACCGCUACUACUGGGGCUGCUAAUGAUUGUUGCUCUGGUAUAAAGGGGUGAUAUUUUGUCAACUAACUACCUAGGUUGUUAUUGUUGCUGUCGCUGUUACUGUUAUAUUGCUACUGAACAGAUGACGGAUAGAAUGAAUAGGAAAGAGAGAGAUGGAGGGGAAAGAGAGACGAGAUGAAGAAGAAAGCAAGAAAAUGAAAUAAAAGAACAGAUGAUAAAGAAGAGGAAAAUAGGGAUGGCAAGAAAACAUGACAGAGAAAACAAGAUAAAGAAAGAAGAAAUGGAACGAAGAAAAUAAAAGAGAAAGAAGAAAGAGAGAAGAGAUCAAAAACAAGAAAACGAAAGAGCAAAACAUGACGAAGAAAAUGAUAAAGAAAGCAAGAACAGAUGACAUUGAUAGUAAGAAAAAGAAAGAGAGAACAGAUGAGAAAGCCACAAUAAAAAGGUAGAAUUAAGAAAAAAACCGUAUCAGAGAAAACAAGAAGAGAGAAAAAGAGAACAGGGAACAGAUAACAAAUAAAUAAAACAAAAAAAAAGAUAGAGAAGAAAGAAGAAGAAAAAGAGCAUGGCAAAAAAAAAGAAGAGAAGAAAGAGGAGAAAGAGAGGAAAGUGCCCUAUUAUGAACACCACAAAUCGCACAACUAAAAUAUCGUCUUCUUCCACGCGCUUAUAACAUCAUUUUACGAUCAAACUCUACGUACAUUACACACUCAAAGUUCUCCGCAGUACCUGUUACUUCUGUUAACCUUUCUCACACCUGUCAUUACCUGUGAUAGACUAACUCACCUGACACUUUGUAAUAUUGAUGUGCAAACUUGCUUGGGGUGUAGUGGUAGGUACUUUUGGUGGGUGUUAUGGCUGUAGUAGUGGUAGUAGCAGCAGCAGAAGCAGCAGCAGUAGUAGUAGUAGUAAUAGUAGUAGUAGUAGUAGUAGAUGUUGUUGUUGUUGUAGUGGUAUCAAUUACAAUAUGAGUUUUUGUAAAUAAAGAGUGUCAAGAAUAGUUACUGUUUUUGUAAUAGUAGUAGUAGUAGUAGUAGUAGUAGUAGUAGUAGUAGUAGUAGUAGUAGUAGUGAUAGUUUCAAUAGCUACAUGUGUCUCUUAUUGAGAGUAAUAACAAAUGGGGAACAUACUAAUGAUUUACGUGUUCCAUGAAUUUUAUUCUGUUCUCUCUAUCACUAUUGUAACAUGAGCCAUAAAUUAUUACACACUACAACUAUAAACAGAACAUUGUACAAAAAGUAUGUUAUAGGAAUCCAGUGAAAAGGACAAUAAGGCUUCUAUGCAAAAUAAUGUGAAUGAAAACAAAGCAAAAUAAGGUGAAUAAAAAUGGCCUUAGUAUUUCUUUCCCGAUAUCAAACUUUAUUUAACAAGUUUAGUUUCCUGUCCUUUAGACCAGGGGUUCCCAGCCUGGGGUACACGUGCCCCAAGUGGUACAUCUGCA